AUGAAUGUCAGGGUGCUUCAUAGUGACAGUCAACCAUCCCCACAGUGCUAUUCUUUCUACUGUGCUGUCCUAGACUCGAGGACCCCAGCAACAAUGCCUCUGUUCAAACUCGCAGCUGAAGAAAAACAAGUUGAUGAUGCCAUGCGCAGCUUUGCCGAAAAAGUGUUUGCCUCUGAAGUUAAAGAUGAGGGCGGCCGCCAUGAAAUUUCCCCUUUUGAUGUGGAUGAGAUCUGUCCGAUUUCACAUUACGAGAUGCAAGCGCACAUAUUCCACUUAGAGACUCUGUCCACCUCCGUAGAAGGCAAGAGAAAGAAGCGUUUCCAAGGACGGAAGACUGUUAAUUUAUCCAUUCCGCUAAGUGAAACAUCUUCCACCAAACUGUCCCGCAUUGAUGAACUCAUUUCUUCAUCUCCAACCUACCAGACCGUGCCUGAUUUCCAGAGAGUGCAGAUCACUGGCGACUAUGCCUCUGGGGUCACAGUUGAAGAUUUUGAAGUGGUUUGCAAAGGCCUGUAUCGAGCGCUGUGUAUACGGGAAAAAUACAUGCAGAAGUCGUAUCAAAGGUUCCCCCAAACCCCCUCCAAGUACUUGCGGAACAUUGAGGGCGAGGCCUGGGUGGCAAAUGAGAGCUUCUGUCCAGUCUUUACUCCUCCUCUGAAGAAGGGAGAAGACCCUUUCCGAACAGAUAACCUUCCUGAAAACCUGGGCUAUCACCUCCAGAUGAAAGACGGUGUUGUCUACGUCUAUCCGAAUGAAACAGCAGCCAGCAAAGAUGAGCCCAAGCCACUUCCUUACCCAAAUCUGGACACCUUCUUAGAUGACAUGAACUUUUUACUAGCUUUAAUUGCCCAAGGACCUGUUAAGACCUAUACCCACCGGCGCCUAAAGUUCCUCUCCUCCAAGUUCCAGGUCCAUCAGAUGCUCAAUGAAAUGGAUGAGUUAAAGGAACUGAAAAACAACCCCCACCGGGAUUUUUAUAACUGCAGGAAGGUGGACACCCACAUCCAUGCAGCUGCUUGCAUGAACCAGAAACAUCUGCUGCGCUUUAUUAAGAAAUCGUACCAAGUUGAUGCUGACAGAGUGGUCUAUAGCACCAAAGAGAAGAAUCUGACCCUAAAGGAACUUUUUGCUCAAUUAAAAAUGCAUCCCUAUGACCUGACUGUCGACUCCCUGGAUGUUCAUGCUGGACGCCAGACUUUCCAGCGUUUUGAUAAGUUCAAUGACAAGUACAAUCCCGUAGGAGCAAGCGAGCUACGGGACCUUUACCUGAAGACAGACAAUUACAUUAAUGGGGAGUAUUUUGCCACUAUCAUCAAGGUGAGGAGGAACCGAUCGGAUCCAUG